UGUUGCGAAAUUCAACGUCCUCCGGGAGGAUGGUGAAGUGGGCGAUGAUGUUAACUCAAUUCCACAUUGAGUACCGGCCGAGGUCGGCAAUUAAGGGACAGGCCCUUGCCGAUUUCCUAGUAGAAAUGACCGGUCUAACUCCAGACUUACCGGUCAACAAGCCCACUGAGCAAUGGUGGGAGAUGGCAGUUGAUGGGGCAUCCGGUCCUAGAGGAUACGGGAGUGGUAUCGUGUUCACCACCCCAGAAGGAUUCAAGAUCUACCAUGCAAUCGUCUUCAACUUCAAGCUGACGAACAACGAGGCGGAAUAUGAAGCUCUGGCUGGAGGGCUCAGACUUGCCCAAGCCCUGAAAAUCAGCCGGGUCAGUAUCAAAUCUGACUCUAGCCUGAUAGUAGGGCAGGUGACCGGUAACAUGGAAGC